AUGACUUCUUCAAUCUACGUUAUUGUUCAUUCUAAUGGUUCCAUUAACCAAUGUUCGAAUGAAGGAAUCACCUUCUCCUCUCCAUCUGCAAAAUUAGUUCGUAUCAACAGAGGAAUUACUCUAGAAAGGCUUCAAAGAGUCAUCCACAGAAAGCUACAUCGACAAGAUUCUGAGAGGGUGGCUAGCAUACAUUUUCGGUACCCUAUUAGACUUGGCCCAGGGGUUAGUAACUAUACCUGUGUUGAGUUGACGGAUGAUGAAGACGUUGAGGCACUUUUCAAUGUUCACGAUUCUAAUCAACUUCAAUCAGAUAUUAUGGAUCAAAUGAUUGCUUAUAUUUACAAUGGAAAGAUGUAUGAAGGUGCUGAAGGUAUGCAAGAAUCUUCUACUUUUUCAUUAGAAAAUUUGUCAAUUGAACGAUCACCUUUGAUCACAAGAGAUAAAGAUGAAGAUGACGAAGCAGAUGAAGACUAUCAUGUUUCAUUAUCAUAUGAAAGCAUUGAUGAAUCCAAUGAAGAUGAAAUUGAUGAUUGUGAACCAUCUGAUAAUGAGGUGGAGCCGGAUGGUAUUGUUAAUAGUCCAAUGGUUGAGCCAAUUUCAAUCUAUCCAUCUACUGAAGGUGGAAGUCAAUUUUGGGGUAAUUUACCCCACUACACUAACAUCAAUUGGAAUCAUCCAGAUGAAGAAGAUAUCCCAAGGAUGGAUCUGCGUAAUACUUGGUCAAUUGGCCAAGAUUUAUAUGUGGGGUUGGAGUUUGAGAAUAAAGAUGCGGUUAAAAAUGCAGUAAAGCAAAAUGCAAUGAGAAUGCAUCAAAGUUUUUAUGUGGUUGAGUCGAAAAAGACCAAGUGGGUUGUUAGAUGUCCAAAUGCACAUGAUGGAUGUGGAUGGUACAUGAGAGCCAUUGAGUCAAAGAAAUCUGAUAAGUGGAAAGUGACUCAGUGGGGUGGACGUCAUACGUGUUUGAACAUGUCUUUGUCCCAAGAUCAUGCUAAGUUAGAUUCUGAGUUAAUUGCAACAUUUAUACAAGGAAUGGUUAACCAAGAUCCAUCAAUCAAGAUUAGCCUUAUCUAA